AACAGAAUUCACACUUGCCUGGCUGCAAAAUGACUCUCUUCUCUUUGCUUCUGCUGGCUGCCCUGCUGCCAUCCUCUGCUCGAUCUGUGUCUGUAGAUGUGGGUAUAAUAAACGGCACGAAGGCUAAACCACACUCCAGACCCUACAUGGUUUCUGUUCAAAGCAAAAAACAGCACAUCUGCGGUGGCUUCCUCGUGUCAGAGCACUUCGUCAUGACAGCUGCACACUGCUGGAAUCAGGGGGAAAAACUGAUGGUCGUGUUGCGCGCUGAUGAUUUGCUGAACACCAGGUCUUUGUUGUCCGUGGCUGUGAAGUUUUUUCACAUCCAUCCUUCAUAUGACUCAGAAACUUAUACAAAUGACAUCAUGCUGCUACAGCUAAAUAAAGCAGUCAAAAAGAGUAAAGAAAUCAACUGGAUUCCCAUACCAGCAAAAGACAAGGAGGUUAAACCCAAGCAGAUCUGCAGUGUCGCAGGUUGGGGGAAACAACAAACAAAAGGAGCCAUCAGUGAUCAUCUUAUGGAGGUAGACGUCAGCAUUAUUGACAAAAAAGUUUGUCAGAAAUACUGGAAAAUCUAUUCGACAUCGAGGAUGGUGUGCGCAGGAGGUCACGGAGGAUUUUGUCAGGGUGACUCUGGAGGGCCUUUGGUGUGUAAGGGUACUGCAGUCGGAAUCAUUUCAUUUACAGAUACGAUAAGCUGCAACUUUCCAGAAAAGCCUAACGUCUACACCAAGAUCUCCAAAUUCCUGCCCUGGAUUAAGAUCAUUUUAGGAAGUAUAGAGUGAAGAUCUGUCUCUGAUAAACAUGUAUGCUCUUAAAUGUGUUAGAAAUUUCAAUUUUUUGUAUUUUUGGUGUUGUGGCUGUGUGUUUAAGCCUAAUAAUAAAAAAUAAAAAAAU